AUGGAUGAUUUUAUAAACAAUGAUGCCGAAUUAAAACGCAAAGCCUGGAAUUUGCAUUUCGGCAAUAAAAGAGCUAUACAUAAAUAUAAAUUUCAAAAAAAUACAAAAAAUAAAUAUAUCACUAAAUGGGUUAAAGAAAAAGACGAAGAAAAUUUGUUUGAAAGAUGGACAAAAAUAACAACACCAAAUAAGAAAUAUACAUCCGAAUCAGAAGGGGAAAAUUUCAAAGAUGAACAACGAAAGAACAAAAAUGUGGGCACAAAAUUAGUACCACAAAAUAAUAAUACGAGAAGAAGUUAUAGAUUAAAUUUACAAAGCAUUCUUCAAGAAGGUGCCUCUAAAAAAAAUUAUGUCGACCCAGAUAGUGAUAUGUUUCUUGAAGACGAAUAUAGCAGAUAA